ACGACAGCGACACACCCAUCGCCGACGGGCACCGUUUGACCACCUGCCUUUCCGCCCACUGGACAAUCAUGGCCUCGCGAACCUCGCUCGCCCGCCCGUUGCGAGCAGUGGCCACUGCCGCCCGCGGAAAUGGACAGGCCAGCAGCGCCGUUCGUGCAUUCAGCGCGACGGCAGGACGAUCGAAAGAGCUUGCAGGAGAUAUUGGAGCGCUUCCCAACAUGCGACACGCACCUCGCGCCUCAGUUGGGCCAUUACAAGCACCCAUCGUGAAUCCCGCAGACAAAUACCAGGACAAGGCCCAGAGCUUGCACGCAUACGGACAGUACCUCAUCUCUUGUCUACCCAAGUACAUUCAGCAAUUUUCUGUCUGGAAGGACGAGCUCACCAUCUACAUCCCACCAUCUGGCGUCGUACCGACCUUUUCUUUUUUGAAGUACCACACCGCUGCCGAAUUCACUUGCGUAGCCGACAUUACCGCCGUCGAUUAUCCCACCCGAGACCAGCGAUUCGAGGUCGUCUACAAUCUCCUCUCGGUGCGCCACAAUGCCCGCAUCCGGGUCAAGACAUACGCUGAUGAGGCGACACCGGUUCCCUCGAUCUGCGACCUAUACGAUGGUGCCAACUGGUACGAGCGGGAGGUCUACGAUUUGUUCGGAGUAUUCUUCGUCAACCACCCAGAUUUGCGACGAAUCAUGACCGAUUACGGAUUCGAUGGCCAUCCACUGCGAAAGGACUUCCCUCUCACGGGCUACACUGAGAUCAGAUAUGACGAGGAGAAGAAGCGGAUAGUGGUUGAGCCCCUGGAGUUGACACAGGCAUUCAGAAACUUUGAGGGAGGCACCGCCGCGUGGGAACAGGUCGGACCAGGACACGACCGGAAGCCUGAGACUCCAGAACCUCCAAAGGAAGAGGAGAAGAAGAAGUAG